CCCGUACUCCUCCAGUCCUUCUCUCCUUUCUUUCUACAUGGCGGCGGUUAAGAGACUGGUUGGCCAAAGCAUCGGAUUACGUCGUCUUCCUCCUGUUCUAUUCACAUGCUGCAGAGAUAUAACUACUAAGCUCUUCGUUGGAGGUACUAUCUCUAUCUCACUCCCUCCUUCCCGAGUCAAAUGGCAAUUCAAUUUGCUCAGUAUCCAAUCAGUUGUUUAUUUAUUUUCAAUCACGCUUAUCGAUUACGUGUUCUCAAGUUAUUCUGUACUAUCCUAUGCUGCUACGGGUUGUGAUUUUACCUUGUUUCUUGAAUCAAGCGGUUUUGAAUUUGUUCGUGCUGAUAGGGUUAGCUGUUAUCUGGCUCAAUCUUUGAUUGCGAUUUUUCUGGGACCAAUUUAAAAUUCUGUACGAUUUCAUGGUCAUCUCUGUUUAUCCUGUUAGGGACGUUCUCCAAAGCCUGUUUUCUGCAGUAACAUCUAGGUUCCUUUUGAAACUCCAAGCUUCAUCAAUUUUGAGCUCAACAGUAUUCAUCUUUCCAGCUAAAAUUGUGAUGGAUAGAGUAUCAGGCAAAUCUAAAGGAUUUGGAUUUGUUAGUUUUGCAUCUGAAGAUGAAGCCCAAAAGGCAAUAACCGAGAUGGAUGGAAAGGCUCUGAAUGGACGUGUUAUUUUUGUGGAUAUUGCAAAGCCCAAAACCAGUGGCGGUGGUGGAAUGCCAAUAGCUAGAGGGCCUCCUGAGUGAACAUCUGGCAGUUGAUUAGGAAAUACAAGUAAAUACGUAGAAGCUGGAAGACUUGGAUAAUCAUGAAUGAAUGCUGGAUGCUACUGUAAGAACUUUGAGGGAUCCUUUUGCACCAUGACGAGGAUAUAAUUGAAUUUUAAAUCAGAAUACUCACCAUGGGGGAGGUGCAGGGAAUGAUGCUAGUUGUGGAUGCUUCCUAUUGUUAUCGCCGCAAAUAUAUUGUAAGUUAUUUUGAACUUGUGAAUCUUAAAAUAGCUGCUCUCUAUGAAGAAUCUUUGUCUGUUUUCUUUUACAUGCGAGCCUACAUUAGCUUGAUUGAAUUACCAACGAGAGGUGGUUCGGUUGGUAAUCGGCUAAGUUAGACAUAUAUGUGUCCAAGAUUCGAUUUCAAUAGGAAGCAUAUUUCUCGGUGGUA